AUGACCAACCCCAUGGUGUCACUGUUGACUGCGGCUCCUGAGCAACUGGGUGAGAAUGCAACCAAGGCAGUAAAAGAAAAGUUUGAGUGUUGGCAGAAUGCUAACAACAAAGCUCGAUACUUUAUGCUGUCUAGUAUGGUUGACACCUUGAAAACAAGGUUUGCUAACACUCUCACGGCUGUAGAAAUCAUGAACCAGUUGAUUGAACUAUUCGGGAUGGCAUCAAUUCAAGCUCGCUUUGAGGUGACAAAGAAUUUCAUCAAUGCAAGGAUGAGACCUCAUCAGAGCGUGCAUGAUCACCUUCUCCAAAUGACGAGUUACUUCCAAGAAAUUCAGAAUCAUGGAGCUGUUAACUCAAGUGAGUCUAAUCUUGAACAAUUUGACUCCAGCCUUUUGUUGGAUAAUAUUUUACAAGGAUCUUAG